UAUACCGUAUAUUGACUGGGGAACAUCCGUCUUCUUAUAAAAUACACUGGAAGAAGCUUUCGUUAUUGGUGUUUCUAUAUCCAAAUGUUACACUAAAUCAUUUGUUUUUAUGCUUCGUUUUCAUUUUAAUUAAGAGCGUAUUCAAGAAUACCUUUGUGGACUUUUUAGGUGUUUGGAUCAGACCAAAUCACUGGACCAAAUACGAAAACCAUUAACAAGUCAAAGGAGGAUGGUGAGUUUGGAAGAACUUGAAUGUGGCUGCUGCUAUGAAUUACUUCUUAACCCAACAACACUUACUUGUGGUCACAGUUUCUGUCGAUAUUGUUUGGCCAAAUGGUUUAAAACUUCCAAGAAAGCAGAAUGUCCAGAAUGUAGACAGACUUGGAUUGGAUUUCCCAGCGUCAAUGUUCACCUACGGAGCAUCAUUGAAAAGUCAUUCCCAGCUCAGGUGAACAUUCGAACGAGGUCGCAGACAAAUGUUGCAGAUUAUGAAGAUGUCUUAAAGGACUUUGAAGAACACGGGAAGGGUGAUGGUGGACGACGGAACGCACAGCUAUCCCAAGAACAACUUAAUGGUUUUAUUGGUGCAUUCAUUCUAGUGAUCAUUGCUCUUUUAAUCGUUUUAUUAAUUGUAGUAUUUUACUGGAUUAUUUUUACCGAAGCAAAGCCCGCCGAAGUCAUUUACUCCAAAUCAGCACAAAGUUGGACAGUGAGAGAGGUUGCGAGCUGGGCCCAGGGGUUUACUGACCAAUUGAGCUAUGAUUAUUCCGAACGUUUUUCUAAGGCCGGGAUCAAUGGAGAGCUAAUGCUUUCACUGAACGAAAAAGACCUCGCGAGUGAUCCGUUGAAUAUUCUCUCAUCCUUACAUCGAAAGAUCAUUAUGGCCGAAAUUGAUAAACUCAAUUUGGCCGGUGUAAAACAACCCAAGGAUAUCUGGGAAUACAAGGACGCGCAUAGAAUUUCGUCCAUCUUCCUGUUGUUCAUGCUCCAAGAUUUUCCACGGCUUACAAUCUUUUUACACCGUUUCAUGUGGCAUGAUACAGUGUUUAUGCCUUUCAUGCGGACUGUGGCUGCGAGACCACAAUGUGAACAGAAAGAAUUUCCCGACGAUUAUUUAUAUGAUGACAAUGAUGACUCUGAAGGCGAAUCAAAAUGUUCCUCACAGACAAUGAUACUGACGUCAAGGGAUAAAGUCUGGUUCUACAUAAAGGCGAUGUUUGUUCCAUACUAUCUCUUUUCUCAGUUUGCGUGGCACUUUACCGACGUUCAGUUCUUCACCAUGUGGAUUAUCAUAUCGCAUUGCAUCAUGUUGACGGUGCGUGAGGCGUUACUAUUAAAAAAAGCGAAUAUCAGUUUGAGGACAAUUUGGGGCGCAAUUAUCGACGCAACUAUAUCGUUCGCUGUCACCAGCUUAAUCUACAGUAUCGCCGUCUGGUUCAUUCCCGCGAUUAUCAUGGACUUCUGUUUCUUCGCUAAACUCUACUACGGGCCUCUGGACACGGCAGGGAGCAUUAGAAAUGGCCAUUUGAAAACGAACGCUAUCGGGAAAAUUCUUGACGUGAUUUUUGGUGCUAUCAAUAGUGUCGUUAGAUUCAUUGGAACAACAAUUAGAGAUAUCAGAGGCCGCCGUGUGUAAAUCACACAUUAUUAGGGCUUAAGGGGGUACACUAAUGAACUAAAAAGAACUGGAACGUUAUUUCCCGAUUAACAUGACUAAACUUUUUGAAGCCAAAUGCCACCUCCAGACACGCGUGUUCUACCUCUAGACACGCGUGUUUCCUUUAGACUUCGGGCGAAAACCCGAAUUACGAGAUUGGUUGACUAUUAAAAUGCGUUUUGUGUUACGUGAAAUGACUUCGCAUGACACUGCAUUUGGGAGAAAUAGUGUUGCAGUUCUUUUUAUUUUAGGGAGUAAGUACACUGUAUGUCGGCGGCCAUCAGCCUUCUGCCACUUGCCAUUGAUAUAAAUUCUUCCAUCUUUUCCCGGAUAA